AUGUAUGUAUGUAUGUCUGUCUGUCUGUAUGUAUGUAUGUAUAAAUCUGUCUGUCUGUCUGUCUGUCUAUCUAUCUAUCUAUCUUAUUCUGUUCAUAUCUAUGUCAUUCAACUCAUAUCUAUCUAUCUAUCUAUCUAUCUAUCUAUCUAUCUAUCUAUCUAUCGCAUUCUCUUCAUAUCUAUCUAUUUCAUUCUCUUCAUAUCUAUCUAUAUAUCUAUCUAUCUAUCUAUCUAUCUAUCUAUCUAUCUAUCUCAUUCUGUUCAUAUCUAUGUAAUUCAACUCAUAUCUAUCUAUCUCUCUAUCUAUCUCAUUCUGUUCAUAUCUAUGUCAUUCUACUCAUAUCUAUCUAUCUAUCUAUCUAUCUAUCUAUCUAUCUUAUUCUGUUCAUAUCUAUGUCAUUCAACUCAUAUCUAUCUAUCUAUCUAUCUAUCUAUCUAUCUAUCUUAUUCUGUUCAUAUCUAUGUCAUUCAACUCAUAUAUAUCUAUCUAUCUAUCUAUCUAUCUAUCGCAUUCUCUUCAUGUCUAUCUAUUUUAUUCUCUUCAUAUCUAUCUGUCUCUGUACUAUCUAUCUAUCUAUCUAUCUAUCUAUCUAUCUAUCUAUCUCAGUUUAUUCACAGCUAUCUUUCUCUAUCUAUCUAUCUAUCUAUCUAUCUAUCUAUCUGGAUAAUAUAUAGGUGUGUAUGCAUAUCUAUCUAUCUAUCUAUCUAUCUAUCUAUCUAUCUAUAUAUAUAUAUACAUACCUCUAUCUAUCUAUCUGGAUACUAUGUGUGUAUGCAUAUCUAUCUAUCUAUAUAUAUACAUACAUACAUACAUACAUACAUAUAUAUAUAUAUAUAUAUGUACAAACUCAACUCUAUCUAUCUAUCUAUCUAUCUAUCUAUCUAUCUAUCUAUCUAUCUAUCUAUCUAUAUGUCAGGUCUGUUAACAACAUCACUUCUGUUUUAUUUUUCUUUCUUUCUUUUUUUUUUAAUUUUUUUUUCUUUCAAUGUUUUUUUUUAUUAUAAUUUUCUCUGCUUUUUUUCUCUUUUUCUUUUUCUUCUUUUUUCUCUUUUUCCCUUUGCACGCUGUUUUUUUUAUUUUCCUUCUUCUUUUCAUUUUGUUUUCAUUUUUCUCUGUUUCAUUUUUUCGCUUUUUCUUUUUUCUUCCCUUUUUCAUAUACAGUGCUCUAAUUUGGGACCAGAGAAAAUCUCUCUUAUAUCCGGGUUUCUCUUAUAUCCGGGUCUCUUAUAUCCGGGUUACACUGUAUAUUUCUUUUUCUUCACUUUUUAUUUUUUUAUUUUCUUUUUAUCUUUUUCUUCUCUUUUUCGUUUUCUUUUUGAUCUUUUCUUUUUAUCCAUUUCUUUUUCUUUUCUUUUUUCUUCACUUUUUAUAUUUUCUUCACUUUCUUCUUUUUCUUUGCUUUUUAUCCUUUUAUUUUUUCCUCUCUCUUUCUUUUUCUUCUUUUUUAUCUUUUUCUUCUCUUUUUAUAUUUUUUCUUUCCUUCUCUUUUUUUUUCCUUUUCUUUUUCUCCUUUGCUUCUGUUUUCAUCUUUUUCUUCUCUUUUUCUUCUCUUUUUCUCUUUUCCUCUUUCUUUUCGUUUUAAUCUUUCUUUUCUUCUCCCUUUUUUCGCUUUUUCAUUUUCUUCUCUUUCUAUAUUUUUCUUCUCUUUUUUUAUCCUUUUCUUUUUUUCAUUUUUUCUUUUUUAAUCUUUUUCGUCACUUUUUCAUUUUCUUCCCGUUUUAUGUUUUUCUUCUCUUUUUUGUCCUUUUCUUUUUCCUCUCUUUUCAUAUUUUUCUUUUUUUCCCCUUUUUCUCAUUAUUUUUCGUUUAA